GCCUACCCACCAGAUCUACGAUGUGCCCUGGAGAGAGGCUGAACCAGGAGGAAACUGCAAGAUGAAUAUACAACAUGUUGCCUACAGUUUCAAGCUGUGUAAUGGGGGCUCGGUCACCGAGCUCGUCAAAAGUCUACUUAGGUGCAACCAGCGGUUGGACGAAGCAGUGAUCUCAUACAUCUUAUAUGGGGCCCUCUUGGGCCUUCAGCAUUUGCACAAUAACCGAAUCAUCCACCGUGAUGUCAAGGGGAAUAACAUUCUUCUGACAGCAGAAGGAGGAGUUAAGCUCGUUGACUUUGGUGUCUCAGCUCAACUCACCAGUACACGUCUACGGAGAAACACAUCUGUUGGCACCCCAUUCUGGAUGGCCCCUGAGAUCCCUCCAGAAAGAAGUUUUGGGGUAGCCCAGGAGGUCAUCGCUUGUGAGCAGCAGUAUGACUCCUCCUAUGACGCUCGCUGUGACGUCUGGUCCUUGGGGAUCACAGCUAUUGAACUGGGGGACGGAGAUCCUCCCCUCUUUGACAUGCAUCCUGUGAAAACGCUCUUUAAGAUUCCAAGUCCAGACUGGAAAGGCUAAAAGCAUUGGCAAUGGGAGACUGAAACCCAAGCCAUGUGAAGGGAUUGUAAGGAGAGCACUUCGUUGUUCCAGACGAGUUCAGGUUUCUCAACUCAGAGGAGUGGUACCCCAGGGACUGAGCAGAUGAGACUGUCCACCCACUGACGGUGAUCUUGGAAGAAUUCUGGAGGACCAAAACAGUAUUAGA